CAUGGACUUUCCUCUCAAUCCUUUCUUCUAUAUAUCUUCUCAUUUCUCCCUUUUUCCACUCUUAAAUCCCUUCUGGGUCGUCCUCAAACUCUCUCAAAAUCAUAUCUUUCCUUCUUUUUUCACUUGGCUUUUCACUGCCUAUGGCUGCCUUUUCCUCUUGGUUGUUGGAUUCUGUUGAUACUUCUUUAGAUCUCAAUACUCAGCCUCUCAGAUUCUCCGGUGAAGCUCCGAAGGAGAGGAAUUAUAUGGAUGUUGAGAGGAAGGUUUCUGUGAAAGAAGAGACUGGGGCUUUAAUGGAGGAAUUGAAGAGGGUAAGUGCAGAGAACAAGAAAUUGACUGAAAUGUUGACUGUUGUGUGUGAAAACUACAACACUUUGAGAGGGCAUUUGAUGGAACAAAUGAACAAAAAUGGAGAAAAGGAGAUUUCUUCUUCAAAGAAGAGGAAAUCAGAAAGCAGCAAUAACAAUAAUAAUAUGGUUGGAAUGAAUGGGAAUUCUGAGAGUAGUUCAACUGAUGAAGAAUCUUAUAAGAAACCAAAAGAAGAAACCAUAAACAAAUCUGCUAAAAUCACUAGAGUUCAAGUCAAAAUUGGAGCUUCUGAUUCAAAUCUGGUUGUUAGAGAUGGAUUUCAAUGGAGGAAAUAUGGCCAAAAAGUCACUAGAGAUAAUCCUUGUCCUAGAGCUUAUUUCAAAUGCUCUUUUGCUCCUAGUUGCCCUGUUAAAAAGAAGGUUCAAAGAAGUGUAGAAGAUCAAUCAGUACUUGUAGCCACAUAUGAAGGUGAACACAAUCAUCCACACCCAUCUCAGAUUGAGGCAACUUCCGGUGGCUCCUCCGCCCGUAGCGUCAGCAUAGCUCCAGCGGUGCUCACGGCAGCGCCGGGAUCCUCGUCGGCGCCGGCAAUUUCCCUUGACUUGGCGAAGCCGAAGCCGACCAUGGAAGCUAAAACGAUCCCCAACCCAAGAUUUGACUCGCCGGAAAUGCAACAAUUUCUCGUUGAACAGAUGGCCUCUUCCUUAACCAAAGAUCCCAAAUUCACGGCGGCGCUUGCGGCGGCGAUUUCGGGAAAGAUUUUCCCACAUUGAUUAAAGCCUUCGGAGUUUUGAAGUUUAAAAGUUCGGGAUAAGAUCUCUAAUCCCAGUCAGAUUAAUCUGUAAAUACACACCAGAGAAGAUUUGAAGGAUUUUAGGAGGUGGAAGAUAGUUUUGAUAUUUUUAAAAAGAGAAAAAAAAACGUUGAAAAAAAGUACUAAAAAUGGGUGAAAAUGAAAAUUCAUUAGAAAUUCAAAUUGGGUACUUGGUUGACGUUUUUGGGUCGUCGAACAAUUUCAAUUUGUAAUGCGAAAUUCUUCAACAUUCGAAUUUUUUAUCAAUAAGAAUUCUCUCAAGUUUAUAUGUAAACA